AUGAUGGAGAAUACGAAUGAUAAGUUUUUUUAUGUCUAUAGUUCUUCGUUAGAUACCCGAAUACAAAUCAAGAUAGGUACGUUAGAGGGCAAAAGACACAGACCGGAAUACGACGAGCUGCUUUUAGAUCCUUUACUCAAAUAUUCGGGUUUGUACGAGAGUGGUGGGAUUCGUGGAGAUCUAGCUGCGUCUUUGCAGGUAUGGGCUGGUGGUAGACCCUUGGCCCUGCCUGUACACACAGCUUACAAACAUUUUACCACACGUUGGAACUGGAAUCAGUGGGUCUACCUGCCGAUUUCCUAUACAGAUUUACCACGCGACGCCCAGCUGUGUGUAACCUUGUAUGACUGUGCAGGACCUGGUAGACAGCUUCCAGUAGGUGGUACAACUAUAUCAUUAUUUGGUAAGCAUGGAGUGUAUAGACAGGGUAUGCUGGAUCUUAGAGUAUGGCCUGGAAUAGAAGCAGAUGGCAAUGUCCCAACUAGCACCCCAGGGAAAGCUAGAGAUCAUGGGAAAGAACAAAUGCAACGACUUGCAAAGCUUGUUAAAAAGCAUAGAAACGGACAAAUAAACAAAAUUGAUUGGUUGGAUAGAUUAACUUUCAGAGAGAUUGAAUUAAUCAAUGAGAGGGAGAAAAGAGCAUCGGAAUACUUGUACUUGAUGAUAGAAUUUCCGGAAGUAACAAUGGACGGUGUACCGUAUUCAAUAGUAUAUUAUGAGAAAGAUGGCGAUGAGGUGUUUCAACACAGAUUACAGCCAGACGUUGUGACGCUUCCCGACUAUGAAAUUUUACAAGAGAAUCUUGUGGAGGCGAAACAUCAUAAAUUGGCGCGCAGUUUACGUAGCGGCGGUAAUACUCGCGAAUUAAAACCUACUUCGACCGUGCGAGAUGCCUUAAAUACAAUAUUGGGAUAUCCUCCGACAACUGCACUUACCACUGAGGAACAAGAUUUAAUUUGGAAAUAUAGAUUUUACUUGUCUAGUCAGAAGAAAGCAUUGACCAAAUUUGUUAAGUGCGUUAACUGGAAAGUCGCCGGUGAGGAACGACAGGCUUUGGAAAUGCUAGCGUUAUGGGCCCCACCGGAUUCCGAGGAUGCUCUAGAAUUACUAGGACCCGCAUUUACUCAUCCGGCCAUCAGGAGAUAUGCGAUUAGCAGACUUAAUCAGGCUCCUGAUGAUGAUUUGAUGUUAUACUUGUUGCAAUUAGUGCAGGCGUUAAAGUAUGAAGACUUUGAAAGCAUUAAGGUUGCUUAUCAAGCAAUGUUGAAGGAAAAGGAAGAAAGAGUAGAAUCGAAAAAUUGGAGCACCGAAAAACUUGAAAGAAGCGAAAGAUUGGAAAGAAUGGAGAAAUUAGACAAGGACAUAAGAAGCAGCGAUUCUACAUCUACUCCAAUUACAACUUCUAGUGAAUCGGAGAGUCAGCUAUCAACGAGCCAAGAACCGCUCAUGGACCUAGCAUCGUUUUUAAUUACUCGUGCUUGUCAGAAUUCGAUGCUGGCUAAUUAUUUCUAUUGGUAUCUGUCAAUCGAGUGCGAGGAUCAGACUGAUCCUGCGAUAAGCGCUAAGCAAGAUACGCGAGUUAGGGAAAUGUAUGUUACCGUAAUGAAAAUGUUCUCCAUGAUGUUAGCGCAGGGGAAUACCAUCUGGCAAAAGAGGAGAGCAUUUCUCUUACGACAGAAAGUGUUUAUCGAUCAACUGGUGUUUCUGGUAAAAGCGGUGGCGCGAGAAAGUGGAAAUCGGAAGAAAAAAACUGACAGAUUGAGAACGUUGCUGACCGAUCCGGAUCCGGCGUUCAAAAUUAAUUUCUCGAAUUUCGAGCCGAUACCCUUCCCUUUGGAUCCUGAAAUUUGUAUCAAGGGAAUUAUCCCGGAAAAAGCAAGUCUUUUCAAGUCUGCGCUGAUGCCAUCGAAAUUGACAUUUUUGACGAUAGAUAAUACCGAAUAUAUCGCCAUCUUUAAACAUGGAGAUGAUUUACGACAAGAUCAAUUAAUUUUACAAACGAUAGCGCUUAUGGAUAAAUUACUAAGAAGAGAGAAUUUGGACUUAAAACUAACUCCGUAUAGAGUACUCGCGACAAGUACCAAGCAUGGUUUUGUACAGUUUAUCGAAUCUACGACGGUUGCGGAAGUUCUAGCUAGCGAAGGCUCAAUAUUAAAUUUCUUUCGAAAGCAUCAUCCUUCUGAAACUGGACCUUACGGGGUAGUAUCUGAAGUCAUGGACACCUACGUUCGCAGUUGCGCUGGUUAUUGUAUCAUUACGUACGUAUUGGGUGUCGGCGAUCGUCAUUUGGAUAAUCUGCUUCUCACAGCGUCAGGCAAACUCUUUCACAUCGAUUUUGGUUACAUUUUGGGUAGAGAUCCAAAACCUUUGCCCCCUCCGAUGAAGCUCAGUAAGGAGAUGGUUGAAGCUAUGGGCGGCAUCGGUUCUGAACAUUAUCAUGAAUUCCGGAAACAAUGUUACACGGCAUUUCUACAUUUGCGUAGACAUGCUAAUUUGAUAUUGAAUCUGUUUUCGCUGAUGGUAGACGCCAGUGUGCCCGAUAUCGCCCUAGAACCGGACAAAGCCGUGAAAAAGGUCCAAGAUAAAUUGCGACUAGAUUUGAGCGACGAAGAGGCUGUGCAUUAUGUGCACAAUCUUUUAGAUUUAUCGGUCACCGCGGUGAUGGCUGUACUGGUAGAACAACUCCACAAAUUUGCGCAAUAUUGGAGAAAAUAAUAAGACGAAACUAAUGUACAGCGAAAUCAUACAAAUUGUGUUCCUUUCCAAAACGAUAGAUUACGUAUUGUUAUAUUGUAUAUAAAACGACUACAGCGUAUUUGUAACAUAUUAAUAUAAUUU